UACUCGAAAUGCCGGAAAUGCAUCAAGUUUUAUUAGUGACUGUAUCAUAUCAAUGUGAUAUCAAUCUCGCUAUCAAAGUGAAAUAUGAAUGUAGGUUACAUUUCAAUCCCCCAAUAUAACAUGCUACUAUUAUUAUAGUAUUUGCUGUACUCAUUAGGGAUGCUUCAUCUUACCAAUGGACAAUAAAUUAAACUGUCAGCCACUGUGUGCUUAUCUGUUGAUGUUAAAUAUACAUUUAUAAGCUCUGAUACCAGAUAAAAUCAUGGAUGGUUAAUUAUUUGUACAACCCAUCUUAAGGAAAAUGUAAACUGUGUUAACUGGACUAGCGCUGAGUGUUUUAGGUAACCAUGGUAACCACGACGGAGACGCCUGCUGGUUGCGUGAAACGUACUCUGGAGAACAUCACGGACACAGGCAACUAUGGGUCGAUCAGCCCUGUGCUUCAGAAAUACGAGACGGGACUCCUUCUCAUACUCGGCUUUGGCGGCAUUUCCAUCAUUCUUGCGCUCCUGUACCGCCUCGUCCGACGACGCGUCUACCGUGACGUCAACAACGUUGACACGGCAUUUGACGCCGGCGGCCGUGUGAGCACGAGCCUGACGGCCGUUACGGUUGCCUCCCAGUUCCUGUGGCCUGGGGACAUUCUUCAAAGUUCAACCAUUACCAUUAAGAGCGGCAUUUCCGGUCCACUAUGGUACACUGUCGGGGCGGCCGUCAACAUUGCUCUCUUCCCCAUCGUCUCCGUCUACCUGAAGACCCGCGCCCCCGGGGCCAAAACCUACCUACAGAUCAUGUACGCUCGCUACGGGAAGAAGGCACAUGUCAUCUUUGUGGCCUUGGCGCUGUUGGUUAACUUCUGUGUCAUCUCGACGCUCAUUGUUGCGGGUGUGGCCACCAUCCAAUCAUACACAGUGGACGCUUCGGACGAGUUUUGUGUCUUCAUAAUAGCACUGCUCUUUGGAUCGUAUUCGUUUAUUGGCGGUCUAGGGACAACGUUUUACGUGUCGUAUUUCAACGCCGUGCUCAUCUUCACCAUUCUGGUCGCUCUCAACGUAAAGAUUCUCUACCAGCCCGACAGCGCCAUUGUCGGCGUCGGCUCCAUACCAGAAAUAUACGAGCGCAUACAGUGCCUCAUAGCUCCCGAAGGCAACGAGGACCGCAGCUACUUCUCCUUCCGAUCUGAGAAUGGUUUGGUGUGGGCAUUCAUGGGUCUCUGUGUGACAGCGUCAUUGACCUACUGCGAUCAAGCGGCGUGGCAGAGUCGCAUUGCAGCCAAGCCUCUUCAGGGCGUGUUAGGUUUCAUCAUCGCGUCCUAUAUAUGGUUCGCCAUUCCGAUCUCCAUCUCCACUUCCGCCGGGCUUGCCUACCUCUCCAUGGCGACCGGAAACUCCUCAAACAUCCUCUCACCCGCUGACGUCGAUGCAGGUUUGGUGACACCAUUCAUGGCCGAGCAGCUGCUGGGGGAAGCCGGAAGUGUGCUGAUCGUAACCAUGGUCGCCAUGACGCUAAUGUCAACCGGAAGUGGGGAAGUAAUGGCGGUAUCAUCCAUCAUUGUUUACGACAUCUACCAGAUCUAUAUUAACCCCUUCCGCAAAAACCACGAUAUGAGCCAGUGUAUCCUAUGCCGGAAGCCGCACGCGAACGUUGACAACAACAGCGGUACGGACGUCUGCACGUGCCCUAGCGCCAUCACGUGCAAGGAAUGCACGAGCGACGAGGACGCAGAAGAGGGGAGUGACACGUGGGCCGCCAAUGAUAAGCAGUUCCGUUGCCGCUACCACGGUUUGUACCGGCAGUACCAAUUGCGCAUGCUGGACUACAAGAGCUGGUGUAUCCUCUGGGUCACUAUCGCCAUCAUACCCAUUGGACUGUGUGUAAUAGCAAGCGGUGUGGACCUAAACUGGGUGAUGUUGAACGGCUUUAUAGUGACUCUGCCGUGCUUCCCGCCCGUCGUCCUCGCCAUCUUCUGGAGCCGGACCUCUCGCGCGGGCGUUAUUUCAGGUGCGUUAUGUGGGAUCGUUUGCGGGGUAUCGGCGGCGCUGUCUGUGGCGUCCACGUAUGAAGGCGGCCUAGGAAAUUUUCUCGAAAACACAGUCCAGAAUAACGCCGUUAUGGCCGGCGCCGGAACCAGCAUCGCGUCCAGCUUUCUCGUGUGUUUCUUCGUUUCCCUAUUUACCAACAACAUCCGGUCGUCUGCGGACGCCGAUCGUGAAUGGACAAAGUUACGGGACAUCGACAAUCCUCUGCACCCCUGGUCCCAGCUCUACGCGGAGGACAUCCCGGGGCUCAAACCGGGCGAAAAACCGUCCGUAGAGAAAUUGGAGCGUGUGUUUAGUAAAGCACGUAUCGCGGCCUACGUUGGCGGUGUUGGUACGCUCACGUUGUUUGUAGCGGUAGUUCCCGGUACGAUGUUGAGCUUCCACGUGCUCACUCUGGCCCAGUUUGAGGUGUGGACGCACGUGCUUCAGAUAUUUUGUUUCUCCAUGGCCGCCAUUGUAGUGAUUGUUGCGCCGGUGGAGGAAGUGUUGCAGAUCGCCCGCCGCUUCCGACAGAACCGGAAAGAGCAGCGACGGGCCGCCCUCGAGCAACACUCAUACGAUAUGAAGGAAACUGAUACGUAAUAUGAAGGAAACUUACUCGCGGACUCAGUGAUGGCCGGUUACAUGCCAACCAAGAACCUGUGUUGUAAAUUAAAGGUUCACUCUGGCAGUGUGGUACUUGUAUAAAUGACAAGUUAUUCGGAAAACGGCCUGCAAAUCGAUCGUUUGCAUUUUCAAAAUGCGUUUAAAGUAACAUAUAUCAACUCUAUUGUAAUAACCAUAUUCGUGAUGACUUUAUAGUUUUUCAUAUCAUAAACUGUCCCAAAACAUGUCCCCUUUAAGUAUACAUUUACUUUGAAGCUAAAGUGACUUCAAACUUUAGAAGUUUACUGACUCUACUUUUACAUAUUGCAAAAGUUCAUGUGUACUGGUGUUCUGAAAGUAAUCAUGUUUUUAAAGUUAAAUGUAUACGAUUUUUACUGUUUAUAAUUGAAGUGCGUUUUUUGGUAAUUUUAACAUCAUUUUAAAAACGUAUCUUUACAUUUACAUAAACUUACAUUGUUGUUUUAAUAUAUACAUUCAGAACACUUUCAAUGUUUGUAAAGUAUUGACAUACUGUUUUGUAAGCCCGUGUAUGCAUGCAUUCUGAAACAAGUUGAAUGUUCAGCUUUGUGUGUAAAUGAUUUUCAGACAUCGUACAUGUGUAUAUAAUUCAAUAAACCCCUUUUUUUUAAAGAA